UUCAAAAUGAUACAUCCUGUGAAGAUUCCUUGCCUUGGCCUCAGCUCACAAGUUAUCUUAUUAACACGUAGACCUCCCUUCAUAGGCGCGCGCGCGCUGUGGCGCCUCAUGCAGCGGCCCCUUAUCUGCACGUGUAGUAGUAAACCGCCUCGCGACGAAUGGCGUCGCCCUCAGGAGCCACGCGCGCUGCCUGUCACUAUUACCACGUACGCCAUUCAGAACCAGAACGAGGACCACAAUGGCCACAGUCGACAGUCUAUUGUCUCGUGCGCGGGACGGUGCACGCACUCUCAAUGGUGGUUUCCACAUCCGGCAAUUCCAUAAUCUUCAACAAAGGGCGCUCGAGGUCCCAUCAGGCACCUGCUUCAACGCAGCGACCAUCUUGUCUCAGAUUCGGAUGUCUGAGCUCUGGGUCGCUUGUCUCGGUUCGAAGCUUGUACCAUACGCAAGAGCGCAGCUGGGCGCGCGCAGUGAGAAUCAUCAUUGCGGCCUGUUGCUUUUUAUGGGAGCACAACGUUCAUCAACAAGUCGCUUAUAGCAGCAUCCUUGCCUGCCUGAGCCAGGUGAGCGUUGAAAUGAGCUGCGCUGGGUGCCCUGAACCCUGCUUCACUGUGAAUUACUUAUUACCCAUGGCUGGAUAUGGCGCCUCGGAUUUCAAGGAGUCAUGCGAUAAUUACUUACUCGAGCAAAAGUGCAACGACUCACGUGAAGCUACGAGUAGUCGUGUGCCACCACCCCGUCACUCGCAGCCUCUUCGGUCGCUGCAGCUAACUUCGCACGUAGCCGGGAAUUGCACAAUUGCAUCGCCUGCGCUUUUCUCCGUCGAGUACCUCGUGGAGCUGGCGCUAACAAUUGACUUUGGGCUGCGUCGUUUGAAGUAGUAUCGCCUUUUGUCGCGUGGCGGUCGUUUGGGAUCACAUGCAUGAGCCGGGCCAGAUCUGAGAUCGACUACACGUGGCUGCCCACCUUGACAAAGAAAGGGUGCAGGAGUAGCUCCAGGCUCGAUUCAUGCCCACGCGCAGUUUUGCAUGUUUUUAACUCUGUGAUAUACGGAAGCAUAGCACUUCUCGAGGAUCGACAUGGUGAUUACUCAUCAAUUCAGAC